ACCGCGUGGUUCUCAAGCGCCUUUUCAUGAGCCGCUCCAACCGCCCCCCGCUGGCGCUGUCCCGCCUGGUGAGCCCCGAAAACAUCCAAAAAACACCCCAAAAAUACCCCAAAACCAGCCCCAAAAUCACCCCAAAAACAGCCCCGAAACCGCCCCGAAAACAUCCAAAAAUCCAGGUGUGUGCCCUGAGGGUGACUCGGGGCGCUCGGAGCCGAAUCCUCAGGGCCGGGGGCUCCAUCCUCACCUUUGACCAACUGGCCAUGGCCUCCCCCAAGGGCAAGGGCACCGUGCUCCUGUCAGGUGAGACCCCUCCCCAAAAUAUCC